UCACUUAUUUAAUAUAAAGGCAUCCUUCUUGUCGGUUUUCAUUUGUUAUUUCCAAAACAGUGAAUAAACAUUUUAGGUACUCACAAAUACGAAUCAAUAUUUUUGUGUAACAACAUCGUGAAUAUGAAAUUAAUAAUUGCGUAUUUAUUGCUGAUAGUUUGCACAUGCAUGAACUUAGCUUGUCAUAAUGAAGAUAUUCUGGAAAAUAUAGAGCAACCACAGCCUAUUCAGUCUUACAGAGAAAGAAAUGUAUAUGAAUACAACUACAUUGAAACAACAACUGAAAGUCCAAUUUUUAUAACACGUGUCAAGUCCAGAACUAUCAUUUGUUCUAACAUUUAUUCAACAGAAUCAAUCAAGUAUCCUUUCGAAGAACAAAAUUUCGAACAACAUCUUAAAAUUCAAUUUUCAAACAUCUCAUUAAUAAAUCAGUGUGCUUUUACAACUUUCGUCACCAUAACCAAACUUUUUUUAACAAAACUAAAUAUUAAAACAAUUCUUCCUGGAGCUUUCAAUGGGUUGACUCGCCUUAAAGAAUUGCACCUGAGUGACAACAACCUUGAAGAAAUAUCAAAAGGGGUGUUUAAUUCCCUCCACAGACUGGAAAUUUUGACCCUAAACAACAACAAAAUUCAUUAUAUUGAAGACAUGGCGUUCACAGGUGCGGAUAACUUGAUGAUAUUACAUCUUCAAAACAAUAAAGUAGAAACUUUUGAUAAAAAAUUGUUGAAAACGCAAAAACAUUUAAGUUAUUUGGAUUUAUCACAGAAUCCUUUGACGAAAGUUUCUUUGGAAAGUGUGUCUAGUCUAGACACUUUAAUUAUUUCACGGACUUUGCUAGAAGAAUUCGAUGAUAACCUAUUACAUCUCGCAAUUAAAACCCUGAACUUGUCAUCAAAUCAGCUAAGAAAGAUCGACUUUUCGCUAUUUCCGAGUGUCGACGUUAUCGAUUUGUCAGACAACAAAAUUAAAAUUGUAGACAGUUGUGAAAAUCUUACUAGUAUUCGCGUUGAUCUUAGCCACAAUGAAAUUGAAGUUAUCAAUGGGACAUUCGGCGACGUUACUCAUUUCACAAUGUGUCACAACAAACUAGAAAUUCUGCAAAAUUUUCUCUUCAACGCGUCUGAAACCGUGAUUAGUAUAGAUUUUAGUUUUAACGAGAUUUCGACUAUUGAAAACUACGCUUUCCUGGGUUUAACGUCGCUAAACAACUUAGACCUUCAGUAUAACAACGUCUCUAAAAUAGACACCGUUCUUUUUAAAGAUUUGGGCAACUUGAGAUAUUUAAAUUUGUCACAUAAUAAUUUACAAGAAUUUCGAUACGGCACUUUUGACAGUUUGUUAAAUCUUGAAGCUUUGGAUAUUUCUGGCAACAAACUCAGAGACCUGCACCAAUUUACUUUUAAUUCUUUGGCAAAUUUGAGGACGCUGUAUUUUUGCGAUAACCGCAUUUCCACUUUUGACGCCAAAAAUUUGAAAACCCAUCUCGCAAGGCUAAAUUUUGUCUCUUUGGACAAAAAUCCGUGGAAAUGUGAAGAGCUUGUGAACAUUAAGCAAGCUUUUAAGACCAUGAAUAUUGUCAUAAAAGAAGGGCGCGACUACGAAGUCGAAAAUUUCCAUGGAAUUGCUUGUCAAAAUGAGGGUGAGUUUACUAAUUCACUGAAAAAUUAUCAAACGGACGAAAAUGGCAAACAUUCGAAAUUAGAACAGUUUUUUAAUGAGGGCUUUCCUAAAUCAAAGUUUGUUCAGUAUUUUGAUAAUGAUUAUAGUCAAAGCGGUUUCUUUAAAUACUUGAAUAGUCGGGUUAUGGGUAGCUCAAAUAUUAGCGAUAAUAAAGUGGAAAAACUGACUGCUUUCCAAGAUAGAUAUAGCAGUUUUGAAAAAAGAAUUUUAAUAUUUAGUGCAAUGUGUCAAGUACUUGUAAUCUGCACACUGGUUUGUGGUUUCUUUUAUAUGUCUAGUUUUUUGAAAAGGUUUAGUCGUGGGAGAUAUCAACACCAUAUGGAAAAGAUUUAAAUCAUUGUGUAUACGUACGUUAAGAAAUAAUUAUAUUUGUGAAUGUAUUUUGGUUCCUUGUUUUAACCCAAAGUUUGAAAAUUAGAUCAAAAUGUGAAUUGUAAUUCUAUUACUAGAAAAAUUCAAUAAACAAAUU